AUGAGUAUCCUUGGCGGCGACCUGCAGAAGAUGAUUAAAGAUGAGCAUGGGAUAUCUAACUUAAUCGCCUUCGAGAACGAGAUCAAGCCCUCGUUCAUCGCCAAGCCGACCACUGUGAAGCAAGUCCAAGACCUGGUCCUGGCCCUGCGUCCCUACCUUCUCGAUGGAUCCCGCCAAGUGGCCGUUCGCGGGACCGGUUGUACCCCGUUUGCUGGUAGCGCCAACAUUCAGAAUGGCGUCACUAUCGACACCAGGGGUUUGAAAGGAAUCACCGUCGCAGAUGGUGUUGUCGAGGUCGGUGCCGGCGAGACCUGGGAGACUGUGUACAUGGAGCUGGAGAAGCAUGGGUUGACGACCGCGGGCGGGCGAGUCGGUCGCGUUGGUGUUGCCGGACUAGUCCUCGGCGUCCAGGCAAGUGCGGAAGCCAACCCAGACCUUUGGGUCACCCUGCGAGGUGGUAUCAACAACUUUGGCAUCGUGACCUCUCUAAAGCUGCGCACUUUCAGAGCGGGCGACAUCUGGGGUGGCGUCACGUACUACAUGCCCGAGACAUUCUCCCAACUUGCACGGGCGGCUUGCGACUUUGCCUUGAACGAGAAGGACCAGGGCGCCCAUGUCAAGGCCAGUGCUGGGUACGGGUUCGGCCAUCAGGUCGUGACGUGCGUGAUGUAUCAUGUACAGGGCAAGGAGAAUGCGCCUUCAUUGCGGCGCUUCACCACGAUGGAACCGCGGAUCAAGCAAAUGAGUACGAUGCGGACUUCAACGCACCUCGGCUUCUACGAUGAGCUUUCUAAGUUCUCCAGUGACGCUCGGCUUACGUAUUGGGCUUCAACCACGAUCAAGCCUGACGUCAAACUUAUGGAGUCCUUGUACGAGAAGUGGCAGAGCACACUGUCAAAGGUGAAGAACGCAGAAAGUUUCAUCUUUUCGUUCGGAUUCCAUCCCAUCACUAAGGCCCUGCUCGAAGCAUCACAGAGGGCCGGCGGAAAUGCGAUGGAUAUCCCUCCGUCUGAUGGUCCGCUAUUUGUCGUGCUCAUCAAUCCUGCAUGGAAGCUGGCCGAGGAUGACUCACGCAUAUUUACAAAUAUCGAGGACCUUGUUGCGGAGCUCAGAGGCCUCGCACGCGACAAGGGUCUUCUACAUCGCUAUAUCUUUACCAACUACGGAUACGCAAAGGACAAUGUUGUAGCAGGCUACGGGGAGGAGAGUGUAUCCAAACUCCGCGCAGCAAGCCUGAAAGACUUCUUGUCGAAUGAUGUCCCGCUCGGCGAGAUGGAGGAGCAGGAUUUUGACGCAGCCAACACGCAUACCUGA